AUGGAGACGCAAUCGAUGAAGAGGCUGAAUGUCCUGCGAAAGUCUGCCCUCACUUUCUUCCGUCAGGCCUUGGCGCGAACUUGUCCGCGCUGCGGCAACGUUCUUCUUCUGCUCCUCUUCUCCGACUGCACCUCGACAAUUCACGGGAAAGCAUGGCUAGAGAUGGACAGGCCCAUUACCAAUGAUCUGGUCAAUUCUUUCACCAAUCCAGUCUUGUCCUCUCUCGCCGUAGGCGUAGGGACUGGAGUUCUCGGAAUAGCUUAUGGCGGAGUAGCUGGAACUAUUCUCUCGACGCCUAAUCCUGUUCUAUACCCAACCUACUCCGGAGUUCAAUGGCUCUGCGCAGGAACUACAUUCUUCUACUGUCGUAGUGUCCUUCUUGCAGACCCGAAAACUCGACAGCACCCGCUACAGGUGGUCGCUGCAAGUGGCCUUAGCGGCUUUGGUGCCGGUGCUGUCGCAGGUGCAUUUUUGCGACGAGCUGCUGUGAUCCCAGGCGGCAUUAUUCUGGGAGCCCUGGCUGCCACCUCUCAGGCAGCGCUCAAUGUGAACGGAGGAUCCUUUGAUCUGAAUUUUAAUGAUAUCCCAUUACGCUUGCAGCGAGGCAUGGCCAACCUUAUGCCUAUGCAAUCGCUCUCUGAUGAGCAGUAUGAAGAAUUGUUGAACAGCAAACUUCUCAACAUUGAGGCACAAAUUUCACUACUCGAUGAUCAAAUCGCAGACAUCCGUGAAGCAAGCAAACAGCAAAAGUCUAGCAGGAAGUCAGAUUCGUGAACAGAUCCGGGACAGAUGAGGACAAAACCGUCAAGACCAUUGGAUCACUACCAUAGCAAGAAGCUCAGGUGGCCUUCCUCAAAAUGUUGAUCCGGAACAGGAUGGCCAGUCUAUUGUUCUCCAUCUACCGGCAUCAUAGCCUCGAGCAACAGCCACCGACUCCCAAGAAAUAGCUUGUUUCACCAAGCAGCUUAUGAACGACUUUACGACGAUCGAGCACAAUGCUCGAAUUUACAAAUGAGCACCAUCGACACCCCCAACGACUGUUUGCAAGUUGGAAGACUGUCAAAUAAACAUGUCGGAGUUAAGCUCGAGGAUGUCGGCUAAAGAGGCUCAACCGGAAGAUCAGGUCCGGGCAACAUUUUGUACAGUACUCUCACACAAUGUUCAAGAGGAUCAAUGUUCAAGAGGAUCAAUGUUCAAGAGGA